AUGUCAACAAUAACCUUAUUUUGUAAUAAUUUAACUGAAAAAGCAGAAAAGAAAAUUGAAUAUGGAUUUAGACAACUUGGAUAUUCAGUCUCUUAUUGUCCCUGGACUGUUAUUUUUAUUUCUAUUUUGUUAGCUAUAUUGCUUGGUUCUGGAGCUGUUAAUUUUAAAGAAGUAAAUAAUGUUAGAGACCAUUUUAGUGCAGAUAAUUCUCCUAGCCGUUAUGAAUUUUUAGUUGCACGAGAAUUUUUUAAAGAAUUGGGAGGAUUAUUUCAUGUAGUUGUUGCCAUACAAGCAGUUGAUUUUGAAAGUUUAUUAAGGCCAAAAUAUAUAGACAAAGCUUUGGAAGUAGAGGAUUUUUUACAAUAUAAAUUAAAGGUAGAAGAUGAAGGCAAAUAUUAUUCUUAUAGUGAUUUUUGUGGUGCUCAAUGUGAAACUUCUGAUGCUGUAAAUAUUUUCCUGACAGUUUAUAGAGAUGUAAAGCAUCGAGGAAAGGGAAAUAAUAUUAAAUUAACUUUCCCAACAAUUGAUGUUUUUGGACAUAGAAUUUAUUUGGCUAAUAAUAUAUUUCAAGUACAAUUAAAUAAUAGGUAA